CUGGCGGUAACGCGAGGUCUCGUGCUGACCGAGAUCUUUACCUACAGGCCCGUCUCGGAGCUCAGUAUGAGUACGCAAGACAUUUCCCCUUACUCUUGUUUCCUCCCCGUCACGUUCCUUGCUGUCCCAUCUGGUGCUGUCAGUCAGGCUGUCAUUACCCGUCUAAAUGGAGGCUGCUUUGAUUUCACAGGCACUGUUUUGGUGGAAAACAUGCAGAUUAACGGCCGGGCCCAGGACCCAGGCAGAACCAUCUCCCUGACACUGCUCGACAACUAUGACUAUUGGGUGAUACUGGAACCAGCACGCCAGAGACUCUACCUCAACAGUACCGGCAGGGUUCUGGACAGAGAUCCACCCAACUACAUUACCACCAUUGUGGUUCAGGUUCAGUGCACCAAUGAGCUGGUUGGUACUGUCAUUUUGCAUGAGGUACGGAUUGUCGUGAGGGACAGAAAUGACAACAAGCCUCGCUUUCAGCAGCCGCGCUACUAUGUUUCAGUAAAUGAGCUCACACCAGUUGGAACAACUAUUUUCACUGGUUUCUCAGGAAGUAAUGGUGCUACAGACAUUGAUGAUGGGCCCAAUGGACAUAUAGAGUACAGCAUCCUGUACAACCCCAAUGAUCCGGAAUCAAACGGGACCGUAAGAGUUGGAAACACCCUUUCAGGACACAUUGUUCUGGCUGAGAGGCUGAAUUAUGAGGAGAGAACUCGCUACCUGGUUUUGGUCCAAGCCAAUGACCGCGCUCCAUAUCCCCCCAAUAGACUAACAGCCACCGCGACCCUGACUGUGGACGUUCUGGAUGGAGAUGACCUCGGUCCCAUGUUCUUGCCCUGUGUUUUGGUGAACAACACUCGUGACUGCAACCCCAUCACCUACCGUGUUGCUAUCCCUGAAUUCACUGAACCGAGCAAAUUGAAUCCUCUGAAUGUUACCCCACCCAUCCGGGCUGUGGACAUGGACAGAAACAUACAGCCCCCAUCAGAUAGACCAAGAAUUCUCUAUUACAUUCUUGUUGCUAAGUCAACAGAUUAUGGCAAGGCUGAGCAGGACAACGGUCACCCCCUGCCAGCUUAUGCUGACCUCAUUGUCGAAAUCCUGGAUGAGAACAACCAGGCACCCUAUUUCGAGUUUGCGUCCUAUCAGGGCUACGUGAGUGAGUCCUCCCCAGUCGGUACGACUAUCUCAGCCAGCGCCAACCUGAGCGCCCCACUUGGAAUCAUCGCUUUGGAUAAUGACAUUGAAGAGACAAAAGACCCUAUGUUGAAAAUAUCCCUGGAUGACUACACCACAAUCUUCGGCCUGACCCCAACAGGCAUAAUCCGCUACCUAAGGCUCCUCAAACCUGUGGAUCGGGAGAAGCAGAUGGCCUAUACUUUCACGAUGGUGGCAUCAGAUGGUGUCCAACAGAGUAGCCCAGUAACGGUCAACAUCCUUGUAAUUGAUGCCAAUGACAAUACCCCCACGUUUGCUGAGGUCUCCUACAGUGUUGAAGUCUUUACAGACAUGCAGCCAGGGGAGACGGUUUUACAGUUAACAGCAGCAGAUGCUGAUGAGGGACUGAAUGGUCUGGUGACGUAUGAGAUACUGGCUGGUGCACAAGGAGAUUUCAUCAUUAAUAAUCGAACUGGACGCAUCACUGUGGCGCCUGGUAUCAUCUUAACUGUGGGGAGAUCUUAUGCACUAACUGUCAAGGCUUCUGAUAAUGCACCACAGAGCCAAAAAAGGAGCUCCAUCACUACAGUUUACAUUGAAGUCUUGCCUCCCAAUAACCAGAGUCCCCCACGCUUCCCCCUCUUCACCUAUAACCUGGAGGUCAGUGAAGCCAUGAGGAUUGGAGCUAUUCUGCUUAAUCUGCAGGCCACAGACAGAGAAAAUGAUCCCAUCACGUACAGAAUUGUCAGCGGGGAUUCCCAGAAGGUCUUCAACCUUUCUGAAACUAUUGGCCUUCUACUUCUGGGCAACCCUCUGGAUAGAGAGAUCACGGAUCAGUACCGUCUAAUUGUCACAGCUUUCGACGGCAACCCCGGAGGGACAUCAACUGCUACCGUGAACAUAGUGGUCACUGAUGUGAAUGAUAAUGACCCCGCAUUUAACCUCAGCCUCACCACUAAUUUUACUGUCCGAGAGGAAGAAGCCAAUUUAUUUGUGGGACAUGUUCUGGCCACAGAUCCAGACGCCGGUGCAAAUGGCCAGGUUUUCUACCGGAUUGUGAAUCAUCCCGACUUGUUUGUAAUUGGUGUCAAUGGGAGCAUCUACACAAGAGUGCCACUGGACAGAGAGUUAAGGGGCCAGUAUAAUUUGGUAGUCGAGGCCUCAGAUGGAGCAGUGGAUCCCCGACGGACUUCAUUGACUCUCUCAGUCCAGGUUGAAGAUAUAGAUGACAACAGCCCAGUCUUUUCCCAACAAACCUAUGUGGUUAAUGUACCAGAGAACAGCCCCUUGGGAACUGUGGUGCUGAGGCUAAGUGCUGUGGACCCGGACCUUUUCUCCAAUGUUACGUAUCGGAUCAAGACUGAAUCGGCAAGGCAGCUGUUUUCUUUGAACUCUGUCACGGGGGACUUGGCUGUGCUGCAGGCCCUAGACUUUGAGGACCUGGCAGCGAUGGGCACGGGGGCAUCUUAUAUUUUCCAGGUGGAAGCUGUCGACCAAGGAGGAGUAAUGCCCCCUGGGCAAGCCACAGUCACGGUUCGCAUCACGGACAUGAAUGACUUCUCACCCAUCUUUAGACAGACCCUAUAUAAGGGUAUGGUCGCACCCAAUGCAGAGAAGGGAACAGUCAUCACUACUGUUUUAGCAGAGGACCAAGAUCCUCCGGGCACUCCAGCAAGUUUUGUCCGCUACAAAGUGGACCUGGAAAGGUCACCGUACAGUGGGAGCAUCUUCGAUGUAGAAGAGGAAACAGGACGAGUCAUCACCAAAGUCAACCUCAAUGAAGAGCCCAGUGUCACCUUUAAGCUGUUUGUGAUAGCUUUUGAUGAUGGAGAGCCAGUAAAGUCUAACAGUACUUUGGUGGAGAUCACUGUGCUUCAGCCUUCCCGCAUCCCUAUCUUCACUGAGGAAGAGUACAGGUAA